GAAACAGACAAAAGUAUGUCACUCCCAAAUUUAACGGGAUAAAUAUUACGACAAUAUUGAAACAAAGAAGAAAACAUAAAAUAAAGUGGUUCACAAUUUCUCCUCAUCUCCUUUACGUCUCACAACCUGUUCCAAAUUCCUAUCUAAUUUUCAUCUGAAUUCGUUAAUAAGUUGGUUCAAACUUCAUCUAAUUUCAACAAAAAAAAAAUUGCUAGCGAUAGCAGUUGAUUGCUAGAUCGAAUUAGAGUGGUGUGUUUUCUGCGAAUUUCGGAUUAUAAUAUAUCAAAUUAUGGGGUUGGGCGAUGCGGAUCUUCUCGACGACGGGGAUGGUGGCGGCGGAGGAGGAAAGGCGUCAGCCGCAGCAGUGCCGUGCUCGAUUUGCUUGGAUGUGGUGACGGAUGCCGGAGAUAGAUCUUGGGCGAAGCUUCAAUGCGGCCAUCAAUUUCAUCUCGAUUGCAUAGGUUCAGCAUUUAACAUAAAGGGGGCAAUGCAGUGCCCUAACUGCCGGAAAAUUGAGAAAGGACAAUGGCUUUAUGCAAAUGGUGGUCGUCAGUUGCCUGAGUUUAGCAUGGAUGAUUUGGCACAUGAUGAGGAUCUGUACGAUCUAAGUUAUUCUGAAAUGUCGUUUGGAGUUCACUGGUGUCCUUUCAGUGGUUUGACUAGGCUUCCAUCAUCUUUUGAUGAAGGAGAAUUCCCAUCAAGUGCGUAUCAUGACCUUCUCGGACAUCAUGCUAUCUUUGCGGAACAUACACCCGUCUCCUCUACAUCUCAUCCUUGUCCGUAUAUUGCAUAUUUUGGGCCAAUUCAUCCAUCUUCUUCCACAUCAAGUGGGAAUGUAUCUGAUGGGUCUAGUUUUAGUAAUCACUGGAGUGGGCUGUCUGCUCCAAGUGAAGUACCGAACUCGUAUGCUUUCCCUUCAAUGGAUGCCCAUUAUCACAACAAUUGGGAUCACUCUUCUCAUUUCGCCGCAAGCAACCGAAUUGGUAGUGCAGAUCUACCACCUAUUCCAUCUGUCACUCAGAGGACAGCUAGGAAUUCUGAUAUUCCAAGACCUGGCAUGCAUCCUUUCAUUGUUGGUCACAGCUCCGCUAGUAGAGCUCCCAGCUCUAUCACUUCAUCAGUGCUUCCACCUUACCCCGGUCCAGUUGCUCGGCCCCGUGACCGUCCUCCUCCCGUUCAAGCGUAUUUCCAGCAAUCCAGUAGUGCACCAGUGGCACGCGCCUCUCUUGUUUCCAGCGGACGAAGAUCCGGCAGCCAUAGGGGUUUGCCUCAAGUUGCCUCAUCAUCGGAUCACUCUGGUGGAUUUUACUUCUUUUCGUCGAACCCAUCCGGAAGAAGUUUUCAAGAUGCCGAGCGCGACCACUUUCACGGUUGGGAGCGCGACCACCGCGAGCAGCAGGCCGGCUUUCCUUUGAACCAGGUUGACAGGGAUUCAAUAUGGGCGCCUUUCCACCACCCUUCAGCCGGUGGGUCCGAUCCCGGUGUUAGACCAAGCAAUUUCCGGCAGAGGCAUGGGUCUGAGAGGAUGCCAUCUCAAAAUCGAACCUAAGCGUGAUAUCGCAUUAUCAUGGUUGCCAUGAAACUCUGAUGCCUGUGGCUCACAACUGAAAACUGAGAACCUAAAUCGUAUAUGCUUGAGCUACUACAGUCGGUCUAUAAUGUCUAAAACUAUGAUGGGUGCGGCACUGCACAAGUUUGUGUGAUGGAGUUUGCUUCCUCUUGUUUCUAUGCCGUUGAGGUAAAUAACACAUGUUUCUCGACACUUAAAAUCA